UUUCUUUUUUUUCUCUGUUGCGGGUGCCGAAGAAGAAACUGAUGCGGAAAAGCGACAAUUUUUCUUAAGUUCUCUUUUUUUCUGUGUUUUCCUAUUGAAUUCGUUGUCGUUGGUUACAUUUGGUUACAUCGGUGGGUAAAAGGGGGUACCAAUUCACCAAUUGACGGUUCGUCGGGUAAUCUCCAACAUCAUCAAUUCACCAAGUGAGGGGCAGAGUGGCCAAGAAGUUUAUUUACACUGAGAUUGAGUUUGAGCGUGUGCCAAUAAAAAUUUUGCGAUAAAAUUUUAUUGAACCGAAAAAAAGAAAAAAAAAAACAAUUUUUUUUUGCUACUGCUGUUGGGAAAAAUGGCGGAACGUCAAAAUAAUUUGUCAGGUGCCCGACCUCGUAACCCACCAGGUGAACUGAGUCUGAACAGUCUCCACUUACGGGAACAGCCCCAAAGAAAAAAACAGCUUACACUAAGUCUGGCCGAUGGACCUGUUGUGCCAGCACCAUUGCCAGACAAGACCCGCGAACGAAUUAAGAUCCAAGCCUCUGGCAAUCUACAAUUUGGUCAACAUGUCUAUCAAUUCACUUCAGAUGACAUGGAAGAUUUGGGCGAAAUUGGUCGUGGUGCAUUUGGUGCUGUUAAUAAAAUGAUCUUUAAGAAAACCGAUUUUGUGAUGGCUGUAAAGCGUAUACGUUCCACAGUUGACGAAAAGGAACAAAAACAACUUCUCAUGGAUUUGGAAGUUGUAAUGAAAUCAAAUGAAUGUCCAUUUAUUGUGCAAUUUUUUGGGGCACUCUUCAAAGAAGGCGAUUGUUGGAUAUGCAUGGAACUAAUGGAUACAUCUUUGGAUAAAUUUUAUAAAUAUAUUUAUGAAAGGAAGUGCCAACGAAUUCCCGAAUCAAUUUUGGCCAAAAUAACUGUUGCAACUGUGAAUGCAUUAAAUUAUCUUAAAGAAAAAUUGAAAAUAAUCCACAGAGAUGUUAAGCCGAGUAAUAUUCUAUUGCAUAAAAGAGGUGAUAUAAAGUUGUGUGACUUUGGCAUCUCUGGGCAGCUAGUCGAUUCAAUAGCCAAGACAAAGGAUGCUGGUUGUCGGCCUUAUAUGGCGCCCGAGAGGAUUGAUCCCGAAAGAGCGAAGGGUUAUGAUGUCCGAAGUGACGUUUGGUCAUUGGGUAUCACAUUGAUGGAAGUUGCAACUGGAAACUUCCCAUACAAAAAAUGGGAUUCAGUCUUUGAGCAGUUAUGCCAGGUUGUCCAAGGUGAUGCGCCUCAAUUACAACCAUCUUUCAAUGGAAUGGAAUUCUCUGUUGAAUUUGUCGACUUUGUAAAUACGUGCUUAAUUAAAAAUGAAAGUGAACGCCCCAAAUAUAGCCGUCUAUUACAAAUGCCAUUUAUUCAACGGGGUGAACGUAGUCAUACCGAUGUUGCGGCUUAUGUAACCGAUAUACUUGAAUCAAUGGAACAAGAUGGAAUCACCGAAUUCACAACAAAUCAACAGGCUGAAAGUUAAUAUGAUCUGGAAUGGGUGUAGGUUUUUUUUUGUUUUUUUUUUCUCUUGUCAUCUUGUUAGUGUUCAAUAUAAAAUUGAAAAAUACACAAACUAAGAAAUACUAAAAAAAAACACACAACAACUUACAAAAUAAAUAAACACCAGUUUGACUUUGGUGCCAUUGACCACGCAACAACAACAAAAACAACACGGUUCGGCAAUGGGGAGGGGGAAGAAUCUUUAUUUUAGGUUUUUUUUUUUGUUUUUAAGUUUUGUUUUAAAUUAAGUAAAAAAAAAAUAUAUAAAAGUUAUAAGUUAAAACUUUGUCACAAAAUAUUUACUAUCCCUAAUCAAUCAUUUUGAUUUUGUUUUUGUUUUAAGAAGUAGGUAUGUAUAAAUUGGUGUUAGAACUUAAUAGACAAGGAGGUGCAUUUAAAAAAAUAAGAAAAAUUAAUAAUAGUGCAGGCACUGGAGGAUAUUUCAAAUAUCAUCUGGGACUUUAGUUUUCGAAUCGACGGAAAACUUGACAAAGCAUUUUCUUAUAACAAUAAAUUAAAAAAAAAAAACAUUUGUAUCAGUCUAGUUAAGAGGACAUUUUCUAUGGUUUUAUUUAAAUUUUACGAACAAAAAAAUAUAACUUAUCAAAUACAAUAGUCUGAAACCCUCUUAACUCUACUCACGUCACAUCACAUUCUAGCUUAGUUUUCGACUUGUAGCUGUCGUUUAACUAUACUUUCGUCAGUAAUGAAGUUGAUGCUAUCCUUAGUUUUAAUCAGUUGCUAUCAACUCUUUUUUUUGUCUAUAAGACAAAUCUUCAUGACGCACUUAUAGUGGCUUAUUGGAAUUUUGGGUCUUUCAAAAAACUCUUGUUUUCGAUCGAAAAACCUCGUGUUUCUAUCAUAUUCAGGUUUUUCUGCUUCUUUUAGAGAGAGCUUAUUCGCUUCAAAGCUUUGUUUGGCCUAUAAAAAAGAAACAUGCUAAAGAAUUCGUAUUUAAGGAGUUCAAAAACUGGUAGGUCAAAAUAUUUUAAAACUUAACCCUAUCCCAAAGUAAAAGGGAGAGUAAGAUUUGAGCACUGCC